AUACUCCAGUCGGUAGGGAGCGGUACGGCACAUACACGUGUCUAUGGCAAUGCACAUGAAAAAAAAAAAGCAGCAACCAGCGCGCGCGCGGCAGAGAGGCAGUUGAAAAACCACCGUUCUCCUCGCCAUCUUACAUCGGAUCAUCUUCUUGGAUCAACCUGAUUGCAAGAUACAUCAAGCAUCUUUUCUUACAUCUAAAUGGUGGGACAACCUCCUAGACCUUAUAUGUGAAUGUGGCCAUGCAAAGUGUGUGACAUUUCAUUAUCUACCCGGUAUGAAUUGUUAAAACAUUUUAGGCUGAAACAUUUCCACUAUGGUCGCAAUUGCCGGUAUCCCUGUCUAUAUGCAGAUUGCCCAUGUACAUUCACAAGUUGGAAGAAUCUUUUGAGUCACACAUAUCAAACACACAGGAAGUUAACAGCAGCAAAUGUUCAGUUAACUACAUUCUUUUGUCAGACGUGUGCAUGUAAGGAAAUUUUAACUGAAAAGGAAUACUUUGCUCAUGUAAAUCAACAUCUUAGGCAGUAUGAAACCGUAACUUGUAUGUUUGAAGGAUGUAAGUUUGAGACAAACAUAUAUGGAACAUUUCACUCGCAUAAAAAUCGUAAACAUAAUCCCUACACUCUAAACGAUUUUAAGGCAGGUAUUGUUAAACUCGCUGCUCAGUCAGACGAAUCUGGUAGUACUGUAGAUGAAAGCCCCUCAUCUUCUGCGGACAUAGAUUUUGUACCUCCGUUAGAUGCAGAUAGUGAAAUAGAUACUUCAGAUGACCUGCCGAAAUUAGUAGAACAAAAAAUAGCUGCAGUUUUGCUGAAGUUGGAAAACAUUUUUCAUGUGCCAUCUACAGCUAUUGAUGAACUACUAGAUGAACUACACUUCCUCUUAAGUACUGUGUCUGUGCCUGUAACUUGUAGCAGUCUUUCAGAUUUUUUAAAAAACAAAAACCUUGAAGUUGAUAGCUUAAUUAUUAAGGAACUAGCUGAUGUACUGUGUAAAUCUAACCCUUUAGUAAAAUCAAUAGGGAAAGAUGGUCCCCUUUCUACAACUUAUAAGAGAAAAGAGUACUUUAAGGAUUUGUUAAAUAUUGUUGAGCCAGUGGAGUUUAUUCUGGACCAAAAAAAGAGCAGGACAUUUCAGUAUAUCCCAUUACUGCAGUCUUUACAGCAGCUACUUGAUUGUACUGCAGUGUUAAACGGUAUUAUCAGUAGCCACAGAACACAGGAAACUACAGACAAGUUAGAUAAUCAGCAGUAUCGCUCUAUAAGAGACGGUUUGUAUUUUAAGGACAACACUUUCCUGUCAGGUGAUGAGUUAAAAAUUUGUUUAACUUUGUACAUCGAUGAUUUUGAGUUAUGUAAUCCCCUGGGUACAUCGCGAAAAAAACACAAAUUGUGUAGUGUGUACUGGAUUCUGAAUAACUUGCCACCAGGCUCUCAUUCAGCACUGUCUUCCAUUUAUUUAACGGUUUUGUGCAAAAGUGACGAUGUAAAGGUAUAUGGCUAUGGAAAAAUUCUAGAGCCACUUUUACAAGACCUUUGUACUUUAGAAGAGCAUGGUGUUUUCAGCUCAAAACUUGGGAAGUUUGUCAAAGGAACAGUCCAUAGUGUUGUAGCGGACAAUUUGGGAGCCCACGGAUUGGCUGGUUUUGUAGAGAGCUUCUCUGGCCAGUAUAUUUGUCGAUUUUGUACUGCUCAGAAAGUAGAUAUUCAAACAAGGGAUGUUCAUUCAGGUGCUUUUUUGCUUCGAACAAAAGAAAUACAUGAAGCACAUGUAAAGUCUGCACAGGAAACUGACACAAAUUGCUUUGGUGUGAAGAGAGCGUGUGUUUUAACAGAAAAACUUCAACAUUUUCACGUUAACACAGGCUAUCCCCCAGAUAUAGUGCAUGACUUAUUUGAGGGUAUUGUCCCUUCUGAACUGGCACUAUGUUUCAGUGUUCUCAUCUCUAAGAAGUAUUUCAGUCUUGAAUGUCUUAACACACGAAUCGUCAAAUUUCCCUAUAAGUGGAGUGACAAAAAAAAUAGAUCUCAAGUUAUACCAAACAGCUAUUCAUGUAAGAAGACAAUAGGUGGCAACGCCCAUGAGAAUUGGAAUCUAAUUCGAUUGCUUCCAUUUCUAGUAGGAGACUUGAUUCCAGAGGAUGAGCUUGCUUGGCAAGUGAUAUUAGACCUGAAGGAAAUUGUAGAAUUAGCUGUGGCACCAGUUCACACUGAUGAGACAAUUGCUUAUCUUGAUGUCAAAGUGUCUGAACACAGACAGAGACUACUCGAGCUUAACCCGGACGUAAAGCUUUUACCUAAACACCACUAUCUUGAGCAUUACCCGCACCUGAUUAAGUGUUUUGGGCCUCUUCUAGGUUUAUGGACGAUGCGAUUUGAAGCUAAACAUAGCUUUUUUAAACAAGUAGCUCGACACACAAAUAAUUUCAGGAACAUUGCACUCACAUUGGCAGCCAAACACCAGCAAUUCAUCAGUUACCACAUAUAUUCAUCCACACUCAAUACAUCAAAUUUGGAAGUUUCAAAUGUCUCUACAGUCCAGGUUGAUGUUCUGAAUAAGGAAGUUGUGUUGGCUCUCAGGCAGAAGUAUCCAAAUAUCAGUCAAGUUCACCUUGCAAAAAGUGUCACCACUAGAGGAAUUAACUACAAAAAUGGAAUGUUAAUUGCAUGUGGUUCAACUGCUGGAAUGCCAGAAUUUGCAGAAAUUCUGCAAAUGUGCAUAAGGGGAGAUGAGCUGAGUUUCAUUGUGCGUUUAUUGUGUGCAUGGUAUAGAGACCACUUCAGAUCUUUUGAGUUGACUUCUUCACCAGGUAAAGAGGUUGCCCUGGUUCAGCUUGAAGAACUGACAGACUGCUAUCCACUUGUGGCCUAUACAGUUUGUUCCAAACGUAUGGUAACCCUGAAGAGACACAUCGUCAUCAAAGAUUAAAAAAUCAGGAUGGCAGGACCAGUUAGCUUCAGAGUCCUGUUUGGAAGUGAAGAUGAUGCAAGAAAACUAACCAUUAAAUCCGGAAUACCGUCUUCUGUGGAUGAAUUGUCUUUUGAAAUUAAGACCUUCUUUGGAGUAACAGAGCAGUUUAGGCUUCAAUACAAAGACGUAGACUUUGGAAACGAAUUCAUGAACCUCUUAUCAAUUUCUGAUAUUCAAGAUCGCAGUACUUUGAAAGUGGUGUACUUACCUUGUGAGGCUACCACCUCCACAAUAUCCUCAGCUCCAUGCACUAAAGAAAACUGCUCCACAAUCCCAGUUACUCCCUCCAAUAUAUCUUGCAGCUCCUCAUCACAAGAACCAAUUGAUUCAGCAUCUGCUGACUCCUGUAGCAGCAACGAUACUGUCAUAUUGUCAUCUCCUGACUCCCGGUCUUGCACUUGGCCUAAAGAUUUUGUAGUGCCACGAUUUUCAUAUUGUGCCGAGAUGCAGCUCCAGAAGGGAAAUGAUGAAUUCAAUGCAAGUGGAACUCUCCUAUCUCUUACGCCCAAACUCAGAUCUGAUAUUCUUGAAGGCAUUGCAGAAGAAAUAAUCAAGUAUACAGCAUAUCCAAAGGACAAUCAGUUUGAAAAAGUUGCUGAGGCCUUGAUACAAACCCAUCCAUGUUUGCGUGAGAAAGGAACUCGGACUGGGUGUUGUGGAUGGAAGCACUAUAUUAAGAUAAAGAUGAUGAACUUCCGAACCAAGCUUGGCCGAGCUGGACACCCAGAAGUCACAGUCAACUCACUUAAAAACAAACAGAAA